CUGAAGCCAGGCCAGAACAACUGUAAAGACAGCGAUAGCGAGAGUGUCAGCGGCGAAUCCAAACCCUCCAUCCGGAGCAGCUCCAGAGACAGAUUGACGGACUGUGACAGUGAGAGUGACCAAGAAGACAAGGGCUCAGAUGCCAGCUCAGAGAAACUCUUCAGCACAGCUGCAGUUAAAGUUCCAGAUUUUAGUGUUGACACACUCUCCACCAAUGCCAGCCAGGAGCUGCGAGGCCUGGGCAUUCCCAAGGUGUCAGGCCUAGAGCGCAGUCAAGAGAAGAGCCAGGAGACUUCCCGGGAAAUCUCCUCGGCCACCCCCCCACUGGUGCCCACUUCCCAUCCCAAACCUCCCCUCCCCGCCCCUCUUCAUCUCCAGCCACCCCCUUCCAGCAGGGGGUUACCCUUGCCCUCGAGGCCAGCUCAAACCCAGAACCCUUGCCCAGAGCGCACACUAAGGCCACUGUCACCCCCUAUUGCUCUGCCUCAAUCCCAGGGUCAGGAGCUCUCUCAGGCACCCCCGCAUCAGUCUCAGCACCCACCUGAAUCACCAUCUCACCCAAAGCCACCUCGAACCCCAAGUAUCUACCACCACCCCCCAUCACCAGCGCUACCAGCCCAGCAGAACCCUACGCAACCCGUGCAGCACAGGCCACCCUCACGCUGUCACCAGCGUCCAAUUUCAGCCUACAGUGGCAGCCUUACGCUCAACGGCCUGAGCAGUAGUCGAAGCAGCACUCCGGGGAAGCCUCCGGGCCCAUCUCCAGCCCCUCAUCUGCACCAUCACCAACCUGCCCCCACUGGGGCAUCAGCCUCAUUCCCCCUGCCCCUGUCAGCGAACCCUACAGCUUCACACACCUUCCCCCCCUCCCUGCCAUCCUCCACUCUUCCUCAUCACACCAAUAUGUUUGCGUCGCCUGCUGCUCUGCCUCCACCUCCUCCUCUCACCUCAAACACUCUGCCGGUCCCCGGACAUCCAGCUGGGAGUGCCUACUCAGAACAAGACAUUCUCCGGCAGGAAUUAAACACUCGUUUCCUGGCAUCUCAGAGUGCUGAUCGUGGGGCAUCACUGGGUCCCCCUCCAUACUUGCGGACUGAGUUCCACCAGCAUCAGCACCAGCAUCAGCAUCAGCACCAGCACACACACCAACACACACACCAGCACACCUUCACCCCUUUCCCCCACGCCAUCAUGCCCACGCCUGCACCGCCCAUGUUCGAAAAAUACCCCACUAAAGUCGACCCAUUCUACAGGCACAGCCUGUUCCACUCUUACCCCCCAGCGGUGUCUGGCAUUCCGCCCGUCAUCCCACCAACGGGGCCCUUCGGAUCUCUGCAGGGAGCGUUCCAGCCCAAGACCUCAAACCCUCUUGACGUGGCAGCCAGACCUGGAGCCGUCCCACACACACUUCUUCAGAAAGACCCUCGGCUGACAGAUCCGUUCCGGCCGGUUCUCAGGAAACCAGGAAAGUGGUGUGCUAUGCAUGUUCAUAUAGCCUGGCAAAUUUACCACCACCAACAGAAAGUCAAGCAGCAGAUGCAGGUUGACCCACACAAACUGGACUUUGGCCUCAAACCGGAAUUCCUAAGUCGACCUCCAGGCCCCACUCUUUUUGGAGCCAUACAUCACCCUCAUGACCUGGCACGACCUGCAUCGCUUUUCUCAGCAGCAGGGUCCACGCAUCCCGCAGCUGCACCUUUCGGACACCCUCCACAUCAUCCUAGCAACUUUCUUACUCCAGCACCUCAUUUAGAGCCCUUCAGCAGACCGCCUUCAUUUGGAGGUCUGGCCUCAUUAAGCACUGCAGCCUUCGGUGGUCUGGGAAAUCCAGCACUCGCAUCCAACUCUGUGUUUGGCCACAAAGAUUCACCCAGCGCACAACAGCACUUCAGCGGCCCUCACGAGCCAUGGAACAGACUCCAUCGCACACCGCCAUCCUUCCCCACUCCACCGCCCUGGCUCAAACCUGGAGAAUCAGAGCGCAGCGCUUCAGUCAGCUCACAUGAGAGAGAACGAGAGCGGGACAGAGAGAGAGAGCGGGACCUGGACAAGAGGGACUCAUCAGUCAACAAGGAUGAUAAAGAACGGGAACCUGUGGAGAAGAGGCACCAAAACCACCAAUCCCCACUUCCUGUUAAUCCCCUCACUCUAUUGGGUCACACCCGUCCAUCUGAGCCAUCCCGAAACCACAUCUCUUCCAGCGAGCCUCGGGACAAAGACAAGGACAAACCCAAAGAUCGCGAGAGAGAUCGAGAGCACUCAGACUGGAAAGACUCUAACACAGACGAACACAAGCUGAAGGAGAAUCAUCACAGUGACAAGGACACUCCCGUCAUCCAUGACAGCCGCGUUUCUGAAGACAAACCAGCCAAUCGGAUUACAGCGUCACCCUACAUGCGGCCUGGCGGCAUGGAUCGGGUGAACGGCGGCCUGACUCGAGACAUUCUGGAGAAAAAGACCGAAAUCACUUAUGAGAAGAAAAACAGUGAGGUGAAGGUAAAAGAAGAGCGUAAGGAGGAACAGGACGGUCCCACGGAGAGAUCGCCGGAGCAAAGAUCUACACCGCAAGCACCUCCUCCUCCUCCUGCUGCUCUACACCCUCCAUCCUCAAUGCCAGUGCCCAUGGGCAUGGCCAGCAUGCACCCCAUAAACAGCAUCAGUAGUUUGGAGAGGACUCGUAUGGUGGCGCCCUUCAUGGGCAUCAGUCCCAUCCCAGGGGCAGAGAGGUUUCCCUAUCCCGCGUUUCACUGGGAUCCCAUGAGGGACCCUUACCGAGGACUGGACAUCCAUCGGAGGGAUCCAUUAGCUCGGGAACUUCUCCUACGGAAUGACCCUCUGCACCGGUUAGCAGCGCCUCGGCUGUACGAAGCAGAGCGCUCAUACCGGGACCGCGAGCCUCAUGACUUUAACCGAGAUCACCCUCACGGACUAACCCUAGAACAGCGGCGGGAACAAGAGCGGGCGCAUUUAGAAGAGAGGGAGCGCUUGCACCUGCUCCGAGAGGACUAUGAGCAGGGCCGUCUGCACCCCAUGCAUCACCCUGUUCUAGAUGGACAUCUCCCGCACCCCGGCCUCAUGGCCCCCGGACUUCCCAGCAUGCACUACCCUCGUGUUAGUCCUUCCUCUGCUGUGGCCGCCGCUGCCCAGAACGGCAUCCUCAACAAAACCCCUCCCACUGCAUCACUCAGUGCUCCGCCCCCUCUAAUCCCGACCCUAGGCGCACGCUCGUCGUCCCCCAGACGGACUACACCACUCGGGCCUGACAUCAGAGACAGACCCCCUUCACACACACACAAAGACAUCGAGGCCCGAUGAGACCUCAGAAGCGAGCACUUGAGGCUGUAUCAUAUCUGUGUAUAGACUGUGCGUUGGUUUCUGUGUUGCGUUUGCUUUUUGUACAAAAGACUGGGAUUUUACACGCUCUUUUAGCCCUGUCUGCUCCUCCAUUGGUGUGUAUUCUUAAACAUGUACAGGACACUGAGCAAGUGGACAAGUGUAGAUCUCAAACACGGUCAAGGGGUUGUUUUGGAAUGUACAGGUACCUCAAUACAUUGUAGAUAUGUGCAACGUUGGUGUGUUUCUCUGAUUGAGGAAAAAAAUGUAAGGUACAAAUAUGCAAAUGGGUGUUAUGAAAGCUUUACUUUGAAAUGCUGUACAUAAUGGGCAGUGAUCAAGAGGAGCGCGAGUGCACAGGCUCGGGUUUUAGUUUAAUGCUGCAUAUGAAUGGUUUUGUCCGAGAGACCACAUCCCUUCUUUCAACUAUGCAACUCAUGCGUGGGCUUUCUCUAUCAGUUUCUCUCUCUCUCUCUCUCCUAGAGGACUAGCGGUGGCAAUUGAACCCUCUCAUUCUCCUGUCGCACCAACACUACAUGCUUACCCAUCAGGCAGAUUCUCCCUAGAUAGACAGUUUGACUCAAUCCGACUCCUCAACUCUUGAUCUUCAAGCUAUACAAAUCUGUGUUGACAAUCCUUACAAAUACACCAAUGUUUCAAGAACUUAACGUUAGCGAAAUCUUUAAAUGAAUGAAUUACCUCCAAGUCAAAUGAAUGGCAAUUUGAAAAAGACACCACAUCCCAUCGUGACUCAAAGACGGUGUGGAGUUUGAGGACGAUUCCCUCUCGGUCUAGCUAUGUAUUAAAGUGUUCUGUAUCUACACGAUGAUCAAGCCAGUGGUACGCUAUGGACAGUUUGUUUUUAAUGAGCAGAGAUCUAUUUUAGUAGUCCAUGGGAGGGAUAGUUGUGCGCUUUUAAACUCUGUGAAAUUCAGAUGUUGUGCAGUGUUUUUCUCUUCUUUUUCAUUUAAUUUCUCUCCUUGUUUUUGUUUUCUUCAACUCGAACAUUAAAAUGUCCACUGAAGCAGUAGUGGGUAGUCAAUACGUAUUGCAAAGAGAUUGUAAGAAACUUUUUUGCUGUUUAUCAUGUACGUAAAUAAAAAAAUGAAGUCCUUUCUAGAUCAUGUACAAAAAAAGGGUGAGGCGACAGCAUGCUCCUCAGUUAAACUUGUGUUAUGUAAAUUGUGCCAUGUUAUUAAAAAAUGUGAACUAA